UAAGGCUAUGCGUUUAGCACGUUCCUGUACGUCAGGUCGGACCACACAACCGGACAGGGGGAAGAAAGAGAAGACGGAGCUACAGCCCCGCUGAUAUACCAUUCAAGCAGGCUUUAUUAUUUUAUUCUAGUUAGUGUGGUUUGAAUCGACAUAGCCAUCAAACGCCUGGCCCUAGUUUGUCGACACACUUUCCCCCUGCCCCUGCACACUCACCGAAAAGAAAAUGAGCGGCAGCGGGCGGCCCAGGACCAGCUCGUUUGCCGAACCGCCGGGAGCUCCGGGAGCAGCUGCAGCCGCUGCCGGAAGCGCCGUUGCGGGUGGGAGCGCUUCAGGAAAGUCCGGGGCUGCUCAGGCCUCUGGCGCUUCUUCGACUGGCUUUGGAAACUUGAAGCUCAGCAGGGACAGUGGGAAGGUGACCACAGUGGUAGCCACACCUGGACAAGGUCCAGAUCGCCCACAGGAAGUGUCCUACACAGACAUUAAAGUGAUUGGUAAUGGCUCAUUUGGAGUGGUGUAUCAGGCUCGACUCAGCGACAGCCAGGAGAUGGUGGCAAUCAAGAAGGUGCUGCAGGACAAGCGGUUUAAGAAUCGAGAACUACAGAUAAUGCGCAAGCUGGACCACUGCAACAUUGUUAGGCUACGCUACUUCUUCUAUUCCAGUGGAGAGAAGAAAGAUGAAGUGUAUUUGAAUCUGGUGCUGGAUUAUGUACCAGAGACCGUGUACAGAGUUGCACGCCACUUCAACAAGGCCAAGACCACCAUACCCAUUAUCUACGUCAAAGUGUAUAUGUAUCAGUUAUUCCGCAGUCUGGCAUAUAUCCAUUCCCAAGGCGUCUGCCACAGAGACAUCAAACCACAAAACCUGCUAGUGGACCCUGACACUGCUGUCCUCAAGCUGUGUGAUUUUGGAAGCGCGAAGCAGCUAGUUCGCGGCGAGCCCAACGUUUCGUACAUCUGCUCAAGGUAUUACCGCGCCCCAGAGCUCAUCUUCGGAGCCACAGAUUACACCUCCAAUAUUGAUAUCUGGUCAGCCGGCUGUGUUUUGGCUGAGUUACUGAUGGGCCAGCCCAUUUUCCCCGGUGACAGUGGAGUUGACCAGCUAGUUGAAAUCAUUAAGGUUUUGGGCACGCCGACAAGAGAACAGAUCCGGGAAAUGAAUCCCAACUAUACAGAGUUCAAAUUCCCUCAGAUCAAAGCGCAUCCCUGGACUAAGGUGUUUAAACCCAGGACGCCCCCAGAGGCCAUUUCUCUGUGCUCCCGUCUGCUGGAAUACACACCCGUGACGCGUCUCUCUCCGCUAGAGGCCUGUGCUCACGCAUUCUUCGACGAAUUGCGCCAGCCCAACGCCCGCCUGCCCAGCGGCCGAGAGCUACCUAUGCUUUUCAACUUCAGCCCUGUGGAGCUGUCUAUCCAGCCGCAGUUGAACUCCACUCUCAUUCCUCCUCAUGCUCGGUCGCAGACGACGCCUGUUUCUCACGAAGGCAGCGUGUCGGACAGCUCAGCCCAGUCCAGCUCUGCACCGGGAGCCCUGAGCAACAGCUCCUGAGCAUUACCUCUGAGUUUCUUCACCGUUCUCCCUCACCUCCUUCUCCUCCUCCUCCUCCUCCUCCUGUCACCUGUCCCUCGUUCCAGCCUUUUCAAAGCUCCAGAACCCGAAUCUGUUCUGCUCGGAUUCCGAUCCCCUUCGUUACACAUUUAGCAUCCUUCAGGAGAACGUGUUUUUUGUCUGUUUUGUUCAUUUCAGGUAGACUUUGUCCUUUAUGAGGUUUGCAGCUGUGUGGUUUAAAGGUAAAGAAUGGUUUGUUGAGGCAUUUCUGACCUCUAGUGGCAGGAGGAGAAAAGCAGAUUUAUCUCCCCUCCCCUUUGCUGUCCGCUCCGUCUCUGCGGAGGUCCAACCUUUUUAUUAAGUUUUAAACAAAUACACCUCCUAGAGCCUCAACAGGUGCAGGUGUAUUCUUUUAUUUUAGUUUGCUCUUAAAGUGUAAUAAAUUUUAGCCGGUUUUUUUUUUUUUUUCUCUCUUAAAGGAGACCAUGUUCUUGAUAUGAGUGUGGAAGUGUUUUUAUGGAGCACCGAGUAUAAGUGACUGUCUUUUCUCAUUGCCCAAGAUUUUGUUUAGGAAAAGGACGAGUGCAUGUUUUCUUUACCCUAAGUGAACGCAAGCUCGGCCACUUUUCCGUCGCUGAUUGGUUAAAGUCAAAAGGGCUCCAUUUAGAGCUUAUCUUAAGUACCAAAUCCUGUCAGAGUUAAACAUGCUGGUGUAGGGUCAGACUUUUGUCUUUCACAUCCCCGUGAAUGUUAGUGAUAGGGAUGGAGAGGGCUGAUCCCACAGCAGUACUGUUACUUAUGGUCCUUUAUAAAUUUUUUUUUUUCUAUUCCUCCGAGGAUAAGUGUGCGGUCCUUGAGCGUAUAAAAAUGUAAGCACGCGCACAUUUAUUUUGUUCGUCGCCCCGACAAUAUCCUCUGCUCUUGCAAAUCACACAAUUCUAUAGGAGUUUAGAUCAUACGAUGAUUGUGUGUGUGUGUGUGUGUGCGUGUGUUUCAGUAGAGUUAGAAAAUUUAAAUAUUUAAAUGGCUGCUGAUCUGUGAUGAAUCUAUAUCAUUGUAAGUAUCAUAGAGCCCCACACUCAUGCGCACACACACACUGAUGUCCCUCCACUCCCACCUGGAGCCGUCCAUCUGUCCCCCUCCAUCCCCACUUCUCCCUUCUCUCACUGCUGAUAUGUAAAUAUCAUGUACCUUUUACUUUUUGUUAUUUUUGUUAUUAUUGUAAUUCUGUUCUUAUAACUUGAUUUUUAUUUCUAGUGGAGUAGUGCUGGUUCAGGUAGUGGCCAGCUCUCUCUGUCUCCCUCUCUGUCUCUCCGUCUUUCUUUUCUUUCUUUCUUGCUCACAGUGCUCUCAUUUGUACAUAGCAUUUCAACUUGUCCCCUCCUCAGCCCUGCCCCGGGACGAGGGGGGGGAAUGGAACAAAACUGAGUCUCGCUCUCUUCCUCUCUAUCUCCUUCCCUCUGUCACUCUCUCACCCUCUCUCUCCCACAGUCCUUGUUCAUGUCCUCCCUUCCUCAUAAAUGUUAUUUCGAAUAUUUUAUUUAUUGUAUUGCAGACAGUGUUUUUUUCGUUGUUGUUGUUUUUUUUUUUUUUUUUUUUUUUUUUUUUUAAUGAUCCGAUGGGGUAGAGACUUGUGUGUGACCUGUCAUUAGAACAACAUUCAUAUCCUAAACUUGAUAUUAUCUUGGAAUGUGUUCAAGAAUAUGAACAUAUUGUCUGGAACAUUUCUGUGAGUCUUAUCAUGACAAAUGUUCCGAAAGGCGCAGGCACACAGAUGUGCGCAAAAGCGAGAUAAACGUGGACUGCUUAGCCCGUACAGGACAUCUAGUGAAUGGGUUAAGUGAGGGAGAGGGAGAGAGAAACUGUUUUUGUUUGUUGGUAUAAAUAAGCUCAUUAAUAAAGUGAUGAAAAGUGUCUCUGCCAGUGA